AUGUCGUUCCUCGGUUUGGACAUUGCCCAAAAGGGCCUGUCUCUGUACACGGUUAGUUACCCCUCACCUGAGGCUUCAUCCGCGCCACCACGCUCACGAUGGAGACAGGUCCCAGCCGCAGUGGCGUCGAUCAUGGCCGCUCACACCUACGCCUCCAUAGCCUCGGGAAAGCUCUACGACGUAGCCAACCCGCGUAAGCUCAACGACGUCGUCGCGGCCGACGAGAAGUUGAACAAGAUAAUCAAAGCCCGGAUCUUCCGCGCCGAGGCCGCCGCUGCGAACGGCUUCGAGACCCUCGGCCUCUAUGCGGCCGGCGUGGUUGCCGCCAACGUGGCCGGUGUGGAUCCCCGUUUUGUUAACACCAUCAGCUUCAGCUACAUCGGCCUCCGCAUCUUGUACAACAUCGUCUACAUUCGUCUGCAGGACAACCGCAAUUGGGCCCCGGUGCGCAGUCUCUCAUGGAUUCUCAGUAUCGCUUGCACCUUUACUCUCUACUUCACUGCCGCCUCCAAGUUCGCUUCUGCCUAG